AUGGACCAAAGAGAAAUUCUGCAGAAGUUCCUGGAUGAGGCCCAAAAUAAGAAAAUUAACAAAGAGGAGUUUGCCAAUGAAUUUCUGAAGCUGAAAAGGCAAUCUAUGAAAUACAAGGCAGACAAAAUCUAUCCUACAACUGUGGCUGAGAGGCCCAAGAAUACAAAGAAAAACAGAUAUAAGGAUAUUUUGCCCUAUGAUUACAGCCGGGUAGAGCUAUCCCUGAUAACCUCUGAUGAGGAUUCCAGCUACAUCAAUGCCAACUUCAUUAAGGGAGUUUAUGGACCUAAGGCUUACAUUGCCACCCAGGGUCCUUUAUCUACAACUCUCCUGGACUUCUGGAGAAUGAUCUGGGAAUACAGUGUCCUGAUUAUUGUUAUGGCAUGCAUGGAGUUUGAAAUGGGAAAGAAAAAGUGUGAGCGCUACUGGGCUGAGCCAAGAGAAAGACAGCUGCAAUUUGGCCCUUUCUCCAUAUCAUGUGAAGCUGAAAAAAGGAAAUUUGAUUAUAUAAUCAGGAUUCUAAAAGUCAAGUUCAAUAGUGAAACUCGAACUGUCUACCAGUUUCAUUAUACAAAUUGGCCAGACCAUGAUGUGCCUUCAUCUAUAAACCCCAUUCUUGAGCUCAUAUGGGAUGUGCGUUGUUACCAAAAAGACAACAGUGUUCCCAUAUGCAUUCACUGCAGUGCUGGCUGUGGAAGAACUGGUGUUAUUUGUGCUAUUGAUUAUAUAUGGAUGUUACUAAAAGAUGGGAUAAUUCCUGAGAACUUCAGUGUUUUUAGUUUGAUCCAGGAAAUGCGAACACAGAGGCCUUCAUUAGUUCAAACUCAGGAACAGUAUGAACUGGUCUACAGUGCUGUAUUAGAACUAUUUAAGAGACAGAUGGAUGUUAUUAGAGAUAAACAUUCUGGAACAGAGAUUCAAACAAAGAAUUCAAUUCCUGAGCAAAAUCCCACUCCACAAGCAGACUCUUAUUCUCCUAGUUUACCAAAAUGCACCAUAAAAGCAGCAAAAGUAAUAAGCCAACAGAGCAAACAAAGGACAAAGGUAGAAAAUGCAGAAGCUUCUUCCUUUGAAUUUAGGACUUCUGAAAUAAGUGCAAAAGAAGGGUUAGUUUUAUACCCUGCUAAAUCGAGCACUUCUUUUGACUUUUUGGAGCUGAAUUAUGGUUGUAACAAAAACGCUGACACAACUAUGACAAAGGCAUUUUCAAUAGCUGGGGAACCUCUUCAGAAGCAUCAAAGUUUGGACUUGAGCUCCAUUUUGUUUGGGGAAUGUCCUAAUUCUAAACCUGUAAAUGCAGCAGGAAGAUAUUUUAAUUCAAAGGGGCCAAUAAUACGAACUAAAUCAACUCCUUUUGAAUUGAUACAGCAGAGAGAAACCAAGGAACUGGACAUCAAGAAAAGUUUUUCUUAUUUGGAAUCUCCACCACAUGAUGCUUGUUUUGUAGAGUUGCAGGCUCAAAAAGUGAUGCAUGUUUCUUCAGCAGACCUGAAUUAUUCAUUGCCAUGUGACUCUAAGCACCAAAUGUGUAAUGCCUCUAAUGUAAAGCAGCAUCACUCUAGUGCUUUGAGUGUAUAUUCUUACAUGUCUUUAGUAGAAGAUCCUUAUUUUUCAUCAUUGCCUCCAAGUGGUGCUGGUUCUAAGAUGUCUCUUGAUUUACCAGAGAAGCAAGAUGGAACUGUCUUUCCCUGUUCUUUGUUGCCUACACCCUCUACAACCCUCUUUUCUUAUUACAAUUCAUGUGACCCUAUAGCAUUGAAUCCUCCAACCAAUUUUCCCCCACCACUGAACCAAGGGACAGCUGUAGUGGCAACUUAUCCAAGGACAGAUGAUGAAAUCCCCCCUCCACUUCCUAAACGGACUCCUGAAUCUUUUAUUGUGGUAGAGGAAGCUGGAGAAUUCCCACCAAGUGUUUCCAAAUCCUUAUCUCCCACUGUGAAUGUAAAAAUUGGAACAUCACAGGAAUGGAGCGGAACAUCUGAAUCAAAGAAACUUGGUGACUCUGUAAGGCUCAGACCAAGCAAGAGUGUAAAACUUCGGAGUCCCAAAUCAGAUUUACAUCAAGAUGGUUCUUCUUCCCCCCCACCUCCACUCCCAGAAAGAACCCGAGAGUCCUUCUUUCUUGCUGAUGAAGAUUGUAUGCAGCCCCAAUCUAUAGAAACUUACUCUACUAGCUGUCCUGACCACAUGGAAAAUUCAACAUCUUCAAAACAGACAUUGAAGACUCCUGGAAAAGGUUUCACAAGGAGUAAGAGUUUGAAAAUUUUGCGAAACAUGAAAAAGAGUAUCUGUAACUCUUCCCCACCAAGCAAGCCUGCAGAAUCUGUUCAGUCAAAUAACUCCAGCUUUUUUCUGAAUUUUGGUUUUGCAAAUCGUUUUUCAAAACCUAAAGGACCAAGGAACCCACCACCAACUUGGAAUGUUUAA